AUGUUCAAUAAUACUAUUCGGUUAACUACAUCAGUAUUAGCUACUGGUUCCAUAAUAGCAACUUUAAACAUGAACAAUGAUGUAGUACUCAAUGAAACAAGAAAGGGACGUAAUUUCUAUGAAGAUGAAAGUGAAGUUAUUAAUAUCCCAGGAACUAUAACACCAGCCCCAGCUUCUGAGAUCAAAGCACUUGGAUCGAAUAGAAUAAUUGAUGGCAUUUCAGUACGUUCAACUGAUAUCACAGAAGAUUUCUUUAAAAGUAUUAGAGAAUUUUCCAGUUCUUCAGUUGAUACUAUAACACAAUGGUUAAAUAAAGGAUAUAUCAAGGUUAACAAAACUGAAAGAGCAGUUACUGAUACUGUAAGUGGAUUACACAAUAAAUCUGAAGAUCUUUUACCCAAUUCCAUAUAUGUUAUAAUUGCAAUUUUACUGGGUACAAUUGCAGCCCGUCCUCGUGGAAUUAUUGCCAGAACUACAUUCCCAACUGCUUUAGGAUUAGGUGCUUUUAAAUACUUCUUACCUAGAACCUUUGAAAAUACUAUGACUUUUGCCUGGCAAGUUGAACAAAAUAAAGUUCCAACUUUGGCUAAACAACAAGAAUUGGCAUAUCAAUCAGCAGUAAAUGCAAUUCAUACUAUAGAAGAAACUACUGAAAGUAGUAAAAAGAGUAUUGAAAAUGGAGCUAAGUCUUUAAGAAAGUCAAUUGCGGAUAUUACUGGUUUAAAUAUUGAUGAAGAAGUUAGUAAGAAGUAA